CUUCCUCUUCUCUGCCCUCGAAUCGUCGUCUGCGUCGACGGUGGGGCAUGCUUUUGCUCAGUUCUUCUCUUCCAUCCUCUCGGUAGCCAAGCCGUGUUUUGUAUUGCGUUGCGUCUGCCGUUUGAAGAGGCGGCGGCAUCGUCUCUUCGUCAAGCCAAGCCAAGCCAAGCCAGGUCAAGUCGGGUCGAGUCGAGUCGAGUCACCGGCGGAACAACCCCCUCGUGCUCGUGGUCUUCCUGUCUUCCAUUCAUCAUCGACAGCUAGCACUGUUUUACCUCGUUUUCUUCUUUCUUCCCGACUUAGCCUUCACAUUCUUCACUAUCUAUCUCUAUUCCUUUUGUCUGACCCAAUCAAUCAACCGGAUUGUAACCCACACGCUCUUUAAUCGACAACUUACCUCUCCGCCUGGUGCAACCAUUGAGCUCUACGCCGAAGCCCGAGUAUUAACAAAAGUCGCCCGCAGUCGUUUGAGACAGUUCCCAUGUGGCGACGACCGCGAUAGCGCCCAUCACCCCUCUCCAGCGCCGGAAAUGGCGCUCCUCUCCUCUGCCAUCCUGGCCCUGUCGCUACUCGGAAGAAACACGCAAGCAUGGCCUCAGCUACCAACAGACGACGGCGACUUCACCUCGCUGACGACGCUCCCGACCAUCCCCUACACCACGCAGGACAGCAUCGACGUCGCCCCGCGCGGGCUAUCCCUCCCCGCCGACGAGGACGCCGAGGCCGGCAUGAUGAUGACGCUGCCGGUGACCUCGGGGCCGAGGAGGAAGCGGCGCACGCGCUCGCGGCGCAAGAUCCUGCUCGACGACAUGCUCGGCGACGACGACCUCGAAGCCGCCCUGCCCGAGGCGCCCCCGCAGCGGCUGAAGCCUCCGGUCUCGAUGCGCGGCCUGCUGCCCGUCGACGACGACCAGGUCGACCUGAACGGCGCCUUCGUCACGCUGCCCGUCAUCCACUCCACCAAGCGCGGCGUCUUCAGCCGGCAGGUCGAGGCGAAGCUUGCCAACCGGUCUGACGUGGCUUACUAUGCCCAACUCAACAUCGGCACACCACCCCAGGCAGUGUAUGCCCAGCUCGACACAGGCUCCUUCGAGCUCUGGGUGAACCCGGACUGCACCGUUCUGGCCGCCGCGGACCAGCGCUUCUGCGAGGCUGUCGGCUUCUACGACUCGGCCCGCUCGUCAACGGCCGUGUCGAUGCAGACGUCCAAGACGCUCCGCUACGGCAUCGGCGCCGCCAACAUCACCUACGUCCGCGACAGCCUCUCCCUCGCCGGCUCCCGCUCGACGAUGCGCCAGGUCCAGUUCGGCGUCGCCACCAGCUCCGAGGACCAGUUCGCCGGCAUCCUCGGCAUCGGCUACGGCGAGGGCGUCAACACGCGCUACAAGAACCUCGUCGACGAGCUCGCCGCCCAGGGCGUCACCCGCACCCGCGCCUUCAGCCUCGGCCUCGGCUCCAAGGACGAGCAGGAGGGCGCCAUCAUCUUCGGCGGCAUCGACACGUCCAAGUUCUCGGGCGCCCUCGCCCGUCUGCCCAUCGUCCCGGCCGGCCAGGCCCCGGACGGCGUCGCCCGGUAUUGGGUGACGAUGAACUCCCUCAGCCUGACGCCCCCGAGCCGCCGCACCCGCGUGUACCCCAACAGCAGGAUGCCCGUCUUCCUCGACAGCGGCGCCACCCUGACGCUGCUGCCGGAGGCGCUCGCCAGCAUGAUCGCCGCCGACUUCGGCUCGCCCGGCAUCGACGCCAACGGCUUCUACCCGGUCUCGUGCACCCUCGUUGGCCUCAACGGCACCGUCGACUUCGACUUUGACGGCAUGAAGAUCAGGGUCCCCUACAAGGAGAUGAUCCGCGAGCUGCGCACGACGCCGCCGGCCUGCUACCUGGGCAUCGUGCCGAGCUCGGACUUUACGCUGCUGGGCGAUACCUUUCUGCGCUCUGCCUAUGCCGUAUUCGACCUCGACAGCAACGCCGCCUACUUGGCGCAGUACAGCAACUGCGGCACGAGAACGAUGCCUAUUAGCCGGCCGGAAGACAUCGCGGCCAUCCGGGGGCUGUGCCCCGAUCCCGUCGGGACAGUGCCCCCGCCGCCGGUCACCAACGGCACCACUACUCCGCCGGCCUCCGGAUCCGGUCUGGGAUCCGGACUUGGUUCCGGCCCGGGUGCGGGCUCAACCCUCCCUACCGGCCCCCCGCCGGAUAUGUCGGGGGUCCCAGCGGCAGGCACGGUAUCGCCGGCAUCCGCCACGAACCCCAGCAUGCUUGCCGUUAUUUCGACGCUGGUGUCGGCAGCGAUGUUUCUGUAGAU